ACAAUUGUCAUCCAUUAACAACAAUAGUUAAAUGAACUUAAACGAGUUUACAAUGUGAAUGAAUGACAAUUAGUGUAUUAUUAAACGUGCACUUGGGCAAUAUGGCUAACAUUAAAGUGGCAGUUCGUGUUAGACCAAUCUCAUCAAUUAGGUGAGUGUACUUAAUACGAUUUUAUUUGACAAUUAAUUCAAAUGAUAAUUAAUUGAUAUAAGUUUAAGUGUCAGAUUGAAGUAUCGUACUUAAAAAAAAAAGUCAAAGGAAAAACAGGAUGUCAUUAUACUUAAACACAGAUGCAGAAUAACAUACGGCUGUCUCCUGGUGUCUUUAUGAGGAGUGUGUUUUCGUUUCUAUACUUAGACGAGUCAGAGAGACAGAGAUGGUUGUUAAAUGUGGUUGAAGAUAAAUAAAGAACAAUAUAAAAUAAAAUCUUUAAUGAUCAAUUUUCAUCAUCRUCAAAUAGUAAUUAGAAGAAAUCGAUCAUGAUUGGUUAAAAAUAAAAUAAUGAAAUUAAUUACGAACGUAUUUGAUUGCUAUUAAUUGAGUUCAGUAUUCUUGGAAGGAUUAACACAUCACGUUGCUCACACGUUGGAAACGUUAAUGUCAUACGUUGAGGGUGGUACAAAAGCAAGAAAAACAGCAGCCACGUUACAAAAUUCAAACAGUAGUCGUAGUCACGCAUUGCUCACAAUUCUUCUUAAUCCAGAAACAACAACAACAACAUCAACAACAACAACAACAACAACGACAACUACGACUAGAAAUAACGAUAGAAAAUAUGAUGACGCGUUAUCAUUUAGACGCAACGACGUCAUACUUCCUAAUAACAGCAGUAAACUGCAUUUGGUCGAUCUAGCCGGUAGUGAAAAUGCUCAAAGGUGUGACGGUGUGCAUCGUUUAAAAGAGGGUGCAAAUAUUAAUAAAAGUUUGGUAGCCUUGGGAAAUGUUAUUUCAGCUUUAACAGGAAAAGUCUCGGGUGCUAGUGGUUCUAGUAAAAGGUAUAUCCCUUAUAGAGAUUCUUCCCUUACUUGGCUUUUGAAGGACGCACUCGGUGGAAAUGCUACCACCAUUAUGCUCGCAACGGUAUCACCAGCAAGUGAAAAUUACAACGAAACCGCGCAUACAUUACGAUUCGCACAAAGGGCGCACAAUGUGGUCAAUAAACCCAUGGUCAAUGAAGAUCCCAUGGCAAAAACAAUUCGAGAAUUAAAGGCUGAAAUAACUAGAUUGAAAUCAUUGUUAUUGGAAAAGAACAUCGAGCCGGAUAAUAAAACAUUGCAGGAUGAAUUGGAACUUAAAGAUUUGGAAAAAAAGAAGAAAAAUGAUUCAUCGAAUAAUAGCGUGCAAGAAAAUAAACAACAAAUCGAAAUCAAUCGUCAAAUAGAAUAUAAAAAUGAAGAUGAUGAUAGUAACAGUGGUGUUUGUGUUGUUAGUAGUGGUGGUAAUAGCAACAGUGGAAUUCUUACUUUAGUCAGACGGGUAAAUUCAACUGAAAAUUUAACAAGUCACGAUAGUGCCAUUGUAAAAUCUAUCAGAAAAUUUGGUUCGUACGAAUGUCUCGAUCAUAAAACAACAACAGCAACAACCGAAACAACUACUACUUUAACUGGUUACAGUUAUAAUCGUGCAGAAGUUUCCGAAUUGGAAGAUGAUGAAAAUGAUUUUAUUGGUGAAAUUAACGAAACUGUAUUUGUCGACAUUCCAACACUUGUCGCUGUAUUAAUAAAACCAGAUAAUAGUUUUAACGAAAGAUCAUCUCAUCAACAAAUUGAAGAAAUAUGUUCAGAUGAAAUACAAGAAUAUCCAAUAGAAACAGAUUUUAUUGAUAACAAUAACGUACGUGAUAUUUGUGAAAAUCUUACGAGAACAAAUAUUACCAAUGAUCGUUCUUACGAAGAUGAAUAUAAUCAUCAUUUUAAUUUAGUUGAUUUAAACGAUGAGAUCAAUGAUACUCCAUCGACAAAAAUUAUUCAAUCGAGUAGAAAAGAAAAAUCGAAAUUUCGUAAACAAGAUUCGAUCAAUAUUGCAACACCAUCAUCAACAACAACAACAACAACAACAACAACAUCUACAAAUUUGUAUAUGUCAAAAAAAUUUGGUUCUGUUGAAAUAAUACAAAAGAGACCUAACAAUUUAUCAACAUAUUUAGAAAGAUCCAAUACAAAUUUGGAAAAACGAUCUAAUGAUAAAAUUAACGAGGAAAAUCAAUGUAUAGAUAAAAGAAAAUUAGAUGAUACUAAAAGUGACAUUUAUACGAAUUUAUGGAAAGAUAAUAAUAAUAAAUCUGACAGUAGGGAUCAUUUACAAAGAACUAAUAGUAAUGAGUUUGAAAAAAAUUCAAAGGAUACAUCAUCGAUGAUAAGUCUUAUCAAUAAGAUCAAAAAUAAUGCGAGAAAACCAAGUUUAGAAAGUUUGAAAAGGAAAACAAGUAAGGACAGUAGUUCGAGUAGUUCGAAAGAUGAACAAAUAUUGAUUUCUAGUUUGACGAAUGACAAAGUACUAAGAAGAAAGGAUUCGAUAGAUCAUAGUUUGUCUAUGAGAGCUCAUACACCUGUACAAAAAGUAAAAAGAGCAGAAAUUGUGGCUGCUGUUACAGAAAGAUUAUAUUCAAGUAGAAAACAGGUGGAAGAAAUGACAACUGUGACAGGACCUGCAUCAACUUCGGUUUCGGGAAUUCGUUCACCUCCUGAAGGAACGGAUGUUAGAUUAACAAAUUCUGCAGCAUUGACGACUAAAUCGAAACUUCAAGAAAUAUCGAGAAAAAUGUUAGCAAAACGACGUCGUGUUAACGUUGACACACAAACUGAACAAAAUCAAACGAUUCGUAUGAAAGAUUCGUCAUCUUUGACUGAUGAAACUAAAAUAGUUUGUCAAGAUGUAGGUGUAUUGACCGAUGAACAUAACAAUUGUCAUCAUCAAACAAUCACAGACAACAGAUUACCUGUCAUUAGAGUCAAAGAAAUUGCAACGUUAACUGACAAAUUGAAAAAUAAAAUCAUGGAAUCUAAAGAUGCUGAAUGUUUGGUUAAUGAUCUUAAUUUUUACGAAUACGGUGUUAAUUUUGUAAAUAAUUCAACAUUGUUAUUGGAUGAUACGAGAACUUAUGUUAAUCAAAUGUCUAACACGGAUAUUUCUGAAUUAUGUUUAACUAAUGAUCAAAAGGUUGAUCGUUUUGAUAAAUCAACGAAUACAGUGAUUGCUCCUGUUGCAAACAAUUCUGUCGUUCAAACACAAACGCCAUUGCAACGACCAGUUGUAGAAGAAAAAACAACGCAAUAUUUAGAAGAAAAUUGUAAUGUUAUAAAAGAAUCAAAUCCUAUGACAACAACUGUUGAACAGAAAUCAGAAAGAAACAUUAUUUCCAUGUGUUUACCUGAUACAAUAAAUAUAACUAUUGAAAGUUCCAAUUUGUUAGAAUCCAAUAUUGUUAUAACAGACAAUACUUUAGAUAAGACAGGUAUCACGGAUAAGAAAGAUAUAUCUUAUUUAAAAGAUAACGAAUGUCAAACUGAAAAUAAAAAUAUCAAACAGGAUGAUAAGAGUAACAAUGAUUGUUAUAUUAAGGAAUUUACAACAAAAUCAAGUGUUAGUCAAACGGAUAACAAAUCAUUUAGAAUUGAAAAUAUCUUUGAUGAUCCUAAAAAUAAUAAUAUCUCAAAGAUGCGUAAUCAAACAGAAGAUACAUUGAAUAAAUCUAAAAAUACAGUUAAAAAAGCAUCGGUUACUUUUACCAAUUCUUUGGGUACUUCAUUCAUUCCAGAUACAAAAGAAUCUGCUACUGACAUGAACAAAAGACAAAUUUAUGCUCUACAAAGUGGUCAAUCGUUUACACAAAAUAAAAGCAUCAGAGAAACGUUUAUUACGAAAAAAUAUAAUAACAAUAGAUUAGCUACAGAUGUUUGGAAAAAUUGGAUGAUUUCGUUUCCUUCAACAUCUUCCUGGCAACAUCCGAGAAAUGUUUUAUCAGUUAAUGGGUUGACAUUUGCAUGGAACAAUAGUUUGAAUAAUGAUUGUGCUACAAUCGUUGGUACUGCAAAUUUUAAAAAUACUUUAGAAGAAUCUAACAUUAAUUCUAAUGUUUUUCUUCCUAAUAAUAAUAAUAAUAAUAAUAAUAAUAAUAAAAACGAAGUUACAGAUUUAAAAUCACCAUCUUUGAUCAACAAAAUAACAGAUUCGAAGAGAUUACACGAACAUGAUUAUAAUUUUUCUGACGACAGUCUUGAUUAUAAUGAAGAAAAUCUAAUAUCUAAUUCUAAUAAUGUAAAUAUGGAAACUAAUGAGGAAAAUGAAACGUUUGAAAAUAUUUGUCAACCUGACGUGGUAGCACAAACGAAAAAAGAAAAUUUAACAACCUCGUUAGGAAAUUCGUGUGACAAUAAUGUCGAACAUUCUAAUCAUUUUGAAGACGAUCAGACGAUUGAAUUCCCCAAAAAAAUACCAACCGAACCAAUGGAUGAUUCUUCCAUCUCUGUUCAUGACAAUAAAUCAUUGAUUUUAGGUCAACGUUCAAUGAACGUUGAUAAUUUGCAAGAAGAACGAACUAAUUUGGAAGAAAAUUCAUCAAAUUUUGUUAAAAAUUCUUACAAGAAAAAAGUUACAUUUAUGGAUAACAAAAGUUCAAAAGAAUGUCAUAAUAAUGAUAAACCAAAAGAAUUAAAUUCAUUGAAUCAAAGUAAUAAAAGUUUGUUCAAAUUUGUUGUUAAAAAUAAAACUCAUGUACAAAAUGAUAACAACGAUGAUUCUUCGAAUUAUUUAUUGAAUAAUGUUGAAAAUAAUUGCAAUGAUUCUGACAGUGGUGAAGAAGAAGAAGAAGAAGAAGAAGAAGAAGAAGAAGAAGAAGUUGACAAAGAGGAAAAUUGCGUUGUUAAAUUGAAAAGAAAAAUAUUACAAGAAUACGUCAAUGAGGCAACCAUUUUUAUGCGUAAUAUGAAUUCUUUAAAUGAAUGUAUAAAUAUGGCAAAUAUUUGUGAUAAACCUCGUAGACAAGAAAAAAAACGAGCAACAAAUUAUCAACAAUGUUUACCUCAUUUUCGAAAUGAACACAAAAUUGUACCAUUAAAAUAUAACAAAGGUAAUAAUGAUAAUAGUAAUGAAUUGUUAUUAGAAGAAAAUGACCUAAAAUUACAAACAGAAUCGUUUAAAAAAUGUUUAGAAGGUAUUGAAAGAUUAGAAAAUUGUAUAGAAAAAACAAAUAAACAUAACGAGUAUCUUCGUGAAAAAUAUGGCAUAGUAGUUGAAUCUACUGGCGCUAAAUUAGGUUUAGCGAGCACUAGUAUAGAUUCUAGUCAAAAUUCUAACAUAAUAUCUUCUAAUAUAAUUCAAAGAGAUAGAAAUUUACAAGAAAAAGAAACAAUACAUUCGGAAACAUUAGAAAAUUUCGUACCUUCGAACAAGAUUUCUCACAAAGAUUCUUUCAUGUCGAAAUUUAUUGAACAUCCGUAUGAUCAAUUAAGAAUUUAUGAUGAUUUUUAUGAUACGAAUAAUGAAGAAAUGUUUGAUAUAAAAAGUAAAAUUGAAAGGAAACGUACUACUACUAAUCGUAUAAUGAACAACGAUUAUCCUUCAUCUUGUCAUUGUCAUACAAAAAGUAUAUCUUAUCGAAAAGAAAAACAUUUUCAAAAAAGUACAUGUAAACUUUAUCAUUUUUAUGACGAUAGAACAAUAAAAAACGUACCACUCGAUGAUACGUUAAUAAGACCGGAAGAUGAACAUUUAGAAUUAUCGAGUAGCAUUUUAAUGAAACCUAUCAAGUAUUAUGAAAGUUUAGAAAAAUCAAUCGGAGAUAAUGAAUUUCCAAGAUUAAUAUCUAAUACAUUAUUGAAAUGUACCAAAAAUGAAACACCCAAUUUUGUUAAUUCAAGAAUAUUUCAUCGAUCAACUACCAUUACCGAUACCAAACCUUAUUCUCGUGAAAGGUGGAGAUAUCGUUUUGAAAGUCCAAGAGCUAAAUUUUUAGAAUUGUUACACGAAAGACGACGAAUCGUUGAAAACAGUAGAGAUGUUACAUUUUAAAAAGUCAUCUUCUUCAUCAUAAAAAUAUGUAAAUUAUAAAUUCAUUUUCCCCCCCCCCUAUA